AUGGGAGCUACAAGAGUACUUGCUGUUGCACACUGUGUUGUCUUGUACCUCCUACAGACAGUGGCGCUGAGUUCAGAGAGAUUCACAGUGACUGGUUUGACUAGGCCAGUCUUGGCUCCAUUGGGUGGAACCCUUGAACUCAGUUGUCAGUUGUCCCCACCACAAGAUGCACAGCACAUGGAGAUUCGCUGGUUCAGGAACCGCUAUACACAGCCUGUGCACCUGUACAGGGAUGGUAAAGACCUUCAUAGAGAAACUAUCUCCAAGUAUGUAGAGCGGACUGAACUGCUGAAAGGUGGCAUUGGAGAAGGAAAAGUGACACUCAGGAUCUUUAACGUGACUGUUGAUGAUGACGGACCAUACCGCUGUGUCUUCAAAAAUGGUGAAUUCUAUGAAGAGCACAUUACGGAGGUCAACGUUACAGUAACAAGCUCAGACAUACAAAUUCUUCUGCAUCCCCCAAAUACCAAAGGAGUGAUUUUGGAGUGUCAUUCGGGGGGUUGGUUCCCACUGCCACUUAUGGAAUGGAGAGACAGCAAAGGAGAGGUCAUUCCAGAGACAUCAAAAUCCCAUUCACGGGAUGGAAACAAAUUAUUCAAUAUGACAAUGGCACUUCUUAUUAACACCAACUCUCACUGGAAUGUCACUUGCUACCUUCAAAACCGUCUAACUCAACAAGAAGAAAGCAUAAAUAUUGUCCUAUCAGGUGAACUGUUUUCAUGGCAAUGUGUUUGGGUGGGAAUUCUCGCUAUAAUAACAUUUGUGAUGAUAAUAUUCCUUGUGACUUCCUGUGUUCAGCAAGAUUUCAUACAUGGUAAAUUUUCCUGUUCAUUAAAGGGCUCACUGUUGUUCAUCAUUUCCAUAUUUGCAAUUAUAGGAGUCAUGCUCAUUUUGCAUCUGAAACAAAGAGUUCAAGUUUCAGAUCCACACUUUGAAUUGGACACUUUGUGGUCAGAAGAUAUCAGUGUCAUCCUGUGUGUGAUGAUAGUGUUCAUUUUCAAGCUCGUUUCGUUUAUUUACUUCAGAUUGGAAGAUCAGAAUGGAGCUCUCAACUACUUCUCCAGCACCAUGCCUGUCAUGCCUUCUGCUAUGUUCUCCACUAUGCUGCUAAUGGUCUAA